AUGCAGUCCCAGUGGUACCCACCCAAUAAGGGUGCCAAUGGUAGUGGUAGUGGUGCGGUUGUGAGUGUGUACGACGGUGGGCACUACGGCGGAGAGAAUGUCUCGUUUUACGGUCCACCGUCGAUGGGAGGUUAUCCGGAGAAACCGAUUGGUCCGCGGUUCAAUGGCGGACCCGGCGGAUAUGACGCUGGUGGUGGUGGUUCUGCUGCAACGCCUUACGAGUAUCCUGGCCACAGGAUCGUGCCACCUCAGCUGCAGCAGCAGUGUCCACCGGGUGGCUUAUAUAAUCAAUCCCAAAUGCUGACUGCGGUGGCGCCAGCAACAGCCCCUAACAAUGAUUACCACCACCAACACCAUCACCAGCAGCAGCAGCAGCACGGCUCAGUAACGGGUGGCGCUUAUCAGCCCUUCUACCCGUUGGCCCCACAGCCUGCUGCACCUCCGUCUGCUUCUUCCUCUCCGUAUAACACCCCGCCCGAAAUGGUAGGCGCCCCGAAUUUAUCAUCAGCCUCGUUUCUGGAGCAACCGUACGUGUCGGCGAACUACGCACCCUGUCAGGGACCUCCGCCAUGGAACUACGCUUACUGCUACGGCUACUACGGACAGGAAGCGUGCCCGUACGUCAACAUGGUCGAUAUGGAGGACUUCAUGAACAAUGAGAAGCGCAAGGAAAAGUCGCGCGAUGCCGCACGAUGCCGCCGAUCGCGCGAAACCGAAAUCUUCCAGGACCUGGCCGGCCUGUUGCCGAUGCGCCAGGAGGAUGUCGAGCACCUGGACAAAGCCUCGGUGAUGCGCCUGUCGAUCGCUUAUCUGCGGGCGCGAAACAUGCUGGAACUAUUCCCGGCGGUGUCUCUGCUAUGUGGCAGCGAAACGAUGAAAAUCAAGGAAGAUUGCGACGAGCCGAUGGAAACAGUGGUCGAAAACAAACUGGAUCUGGCAGUGCUCGGACUGGAACCGGAAAAGCUGACCUUAUCCGCUCUCGAUGGCUUUCUGUUGAUCCUGUCGGCGGACGGCGAUGUUUCGUACGUUUCGGAAAAUGUCAUCGAGUAUCUCGGGAUUGCACAGAUUGACAUCAUGGGCCAGCCGAUCUGGGAGUACAGUCACCAGUGCGAUCACGACGAGCUGCGCGAGGCCCUGAACGGCCGUCACCAUUCACCGUCGGAGCUACUGAACGGGGUGGCCAACAGCGAGUGCCGGCCGAUGGAGAACCGCGAUUUUUUCCUACGGCUCAAGUGCACCCUCACCAGCCGCGGCCGGAGCGUCAACAUCAAGAGCGCUUCGUACAAGGUGCUUCACGUGACCGGACAUAUCGCGUGCAAGGAUAAGGAGGGCCAGCGCCAGCUGGUGUCCAUCGCCCGCCCGCUGCCGCACCCGGCCAACAUUGAGGUGCCGCUUGGAUCUAGCACCUUCCUAUCGAAGCACUCGCUCGGGAUGCAGUUUAGCUACGUCGAUGACAAAAUGCUUUCGCUGCUGGGCUACGAGCCGAACGAUUUGCUGGGAAAGUCGCUGUACGAGUGCCAUCACGCCAGUGACGCUGAGCACCUGAUGGGCACCUUCAAGCACGUCAUCAGCAAGGGCCAGAGCGAAACGUCCCGCUACCGGUUCCUCGCCAAGACGGGCGGCUACGCUUGGGUGGUCACGCAAGCGACGGUCAUCUACGACAGGCAAAAACCGCAGAGUGUCGUUUGCGUCAACUACGUCAUAAGUGGUGUGGAGAACGAAGAUGACAUUUUGUCGUGCGCUCAGCUGGAAGCACGUGAGCAGCAGCAGCGCGAAGAGUGCACAAGUAGCGCCGGAAGUGAUACCGUGUGUAGCAGCAGCACCGAACUUCUUGUCACAGGACAGCAGCCCCCGAAGCCCGUGAUCCUACCAGUGGCGGGUGGUCCUGCCAGCGUGCUAGUGAAAGUGCCAGCAGACGAAGAAACGAUUGCAGCAACACAGAAGGCGAACCACGGAAUCGAACUCGUUUCCAGCGAACCGUUGGUGGUCAGUGCGGUCAGUGUUGGUGCUGGUGAGGUCCUCGACGCCGGCAACGUGGUGGUGUGUGUGAAGCAACCCAGUGCUUCCGAACCAGCAGCGAACCGUAUCCUUCGGGAGCAAAACUGUGCCAGUGGCAGCGUCGGUGGUGUUGUUGGUGACCUGAUUCCACUGCAGAAGGCACCACCCACCGCGACCGGAAGCAGCAACCGUCGUCCGGUGUGUGUUACGGCGUCCAUCUUUACCAGCCUACCGUCGGCGGUGGCCUCGGUGGUUGGUCCGACCGCGGCCAAGUCUGCGGCACCGAUCAAGCGCGAGCAGCAGCAGCAGCCCCAGCCGCAACUCACAGCCGGAACUGCCGGAUCGCUGCAGUCCGUAACGGCGAAACUGUUCGUGACGCUUCCUCCGCCGGCCGCUGGUGGUGGAAGUGGUAGUGGUGGCGCGGGCAACAAACCCCAGCACGCCACCGAGAAGAUCUUCGCCCCACGGACGGAAGAUAUGAAUAAGGGAUUCUUGAUGUUCUCCGAGGAAGAGCCUGGCCUGACAAUGCUUAAAGAUGAACCGGACGAUCUAACGCAUCUGGCACCGACCGCGGGCGAUGCGUGCAUACCGCUGGAAGAGUCGGGCACCUUCUUCAACGAGAUUUUCGAAGACUUCAUCAUACCGGACAGCUACACCCUGCUGCAGGACGAACUCUGCUCGCUCGACUCGCAGGACACGCGGCUGGACUGUGGCCCGAUGGUGAGCGUACACCACCUGUCCCCGACCACCACGUCCGCAUCGCCCACGUCCUCCGUGUCCCUGUCGUCGUCGUCAGUGCCAUCGUCACCGAGCGGAUCGCUCCACUCGUCAUCGCCGUCGUCGUCGUCCUCGUCGUCAUCGUCCAAUCCCAACUCUCCGUCGGCCACAUCCGGGCUCGGUUCGUCCGCCUCGAGCACGGUCUCGACCGUCGAUGGGCACACCACCAUCCAGAACACCACCAGCAACGAUCCGUUCAUCAACUAUCGUGACGAAACGAGCGAGGUCAGCCCGUCGCCGCAUUUACUCUCGCCCGGUAUCUCGAAGAGCCCUGAAAGCAGCAGCCUACCGUCGCUGUGCAGCCCGAACGGUUCGCUACCGGAGGACGAACUUGCAUUUAUGAGCCUUAACAUGGACGAGCUUGACCUUUCGAUGCGGGCCCCGUACAUCUCGAUGAGUGAAGUGGAUGAUCUGCCGCUGCUCACCUCGGACGAUCUGCUGUGGGGGGCAACGGGCACCGGCCUCGAAGGAGGGGCCCCGGGUGCCUCGUCCAUCGGCAGCGCAUUCGGGCUGUCGGGCAAAUUCUUCAUCAAAGACGAAUUUACUACCCUUGCUGGUACAAACGGCGCGGGCAGCAGCAAUAACAACCACCACACGCCGGCGGUCACUACGGGCCACCGCCAGCAGGAGCACGGCCUCAUUACGGACGUAACGAUCGGAGCCGGAAGCAGCGUCAGUGCCACGAACGCAUCGUCUGACAAUGAUGCCAGCACUGAUGACAACAAAGCAACGCUGACGGGAGUUGCCACCAGCGCACCGUCGUCGAUCGACUCCAGCCUAGCGGCUCUACUGUGUGGCGGCAGUGUCAUCAGCAUACAAACGGAAACGGCAAAUCUAGUGCCCCAGCACAACACCGGAAGCAACAACAAUCAGAUACUGAUAGCGCACGCAAUACCACGAUCCACCACCACCAAUUCGUCAAAUCAGCAACAGCAGCAACCACAACACAAUACCACCCAUCAGUCACUACAACAGCACCAACACCACCACCACCACCAGCACCAACACCACCAGCAGCAGCUACAGCUCAGCAGCGGGCAACAACCGGAAACAGGUUCUAGCACCACCACCAAGCGCAUCAAGCUCUCGGAACAGGAUAGCUUGCAGCAGCAGCAGCAGCAGCAGUCGAUGGUUGUGAUACCAACGGCCAGCGUGAAGCUAUGCGACACGUGGAAGUUCGACGACCUGCUCCAGCUGAACGCAAGCGACGGAACGACCAGCAACAGUGUCACCGGCAAACUAAACGCCCAGCCGCCCACCAACGCCAGCAGCGUGGCUGCGUCGUUCGCAAAGGCCGCCACCACCAAAAAGGCACCGACCGGUACCGGUGGUUCGUCCAUGAAUGGCAACAAUAAGCGUCCGAACGAUGGCACGGGUGAAUCUGCAACCGGAAACGCGUGCAAGCGCCUGAAACCGUGCGCUACCACCGGCACGUCGGCCCCGCAGCUCCUGCAGCAGCUGAUGGCGCCCUCGCCGUUGCCACAGAAGCUAAAGUCUAAGUCGCGGCAAGCGCAGGAAGCAGCCGGUGGCCGCUGGCCAAACGGUUCGGCCAACGGUGCGGCGGGCCUGCUACAGGAGCAGUCCGGUAACUCGGUGCUGAUGAACCUGCUCGUCAGCGGUUGCGACGUAAGUGCGGGCUACAGCUGCUUUCCCCGUCCCAGCAAAGCGGCCAAGACCUUUCCGGGGGCCGUCUUACAUCACGGUACACCGCAGGCACCACCACCGGCACCGAGUUUCAGUGGUUGCCAUUUCAUUAAUGGCGUAGUUACCAACGGAAUGCCGCUGCCGCCGGCUUCGGCGGAGUGCUGCCAACUACGUAGUAUAGCGGCCAAGAUAGUGUGGUGGGAAGCGGAGGCCAGUAGUGCAGUGGUUUCAGAUGAGUUUCAUUCAGGAUCCAAGCGUAAACUCGACGUACAAAUCUACGAUACACAGAAUAUUUUUACCUUAAGCACCACUAUUCCCUUGACACCACCGGAAACCCUCAUCGACGACACGGUCCAAUGCAUGCCGAUGGACACCGAUGAUGACAUCGUUAAGCACGGCGUAAACGAUAUGAUCUUUAGCCUUGGUGAAGAUGGAGAAGAUGGCGUACUGUUCAGUUCGACCAAUCCACUGAUCGGUGGCCAGGCUCCACUGAGUGACUCCAUCGUGCGUCCGCUCACCAUCCAGACGGAUAAUGUUUUCGCCAACGGUCGACCGCUCAAACCACUGUCCGGUGGCAACGGUGGUCUUUCGGGCAAGCGGUUCCUCACCGAAUCGGACGGAUCGCCCGGAUCGACAAUGGACGAUUUUAUGAUGACCGUAUCGCCGACUCUGCUCACACCGACCGACAUGGAGAUCUGGCGUGCCAUCCAGCAGGGCCAGCUCGACCCGAAAAAGAUACCGCCGCCAUCGUACGGCGGUGGCGUGGCCGGAGGUCGCAUUCCACAGUCACUGUCCAGCACACCGACGGCGCAGCUGGCGGAGCUGUUGGGCGACGCGUCGGAGGCCAACCUGCUGGCCGCCUUGGACCCUGGUUUGAAUCUACCUCUCGAGGACGCGGCCCUUGUUUCCCAGGCGGGCUUCUGCCACGGGACAGGAAUGCUCCCCGGUUCCUUCAGGACAAUCGCAGGCCAUCUGCAGCAUGAUUUGACAUGAUUAACGGAGGCGCUUUAAGUUUACCGAUUAUUAUCGUACCGGUUUGGUCUUCUCUACUAGAGUUUCUUUCGCCCGUGUGACGAACCCAUUGUUUCCCUUUUUCAUUCCUUUCUAAAUUGUGCCGUCGCGGGGUCAACGUUGACGAUUUCUCUUUGGUUCACCUUCCUCCACGUUUGCAAUUUGUCCAAUCAUCAGUAAUCAGCCGGUUUCAUAGAGGUUUCACGGGGGAGCAAUCCAGUGAUAGGAUUGGCUUUCGGCAAAGCGUUUACAAGUAAUGCCCACAUAAUAAGCCCCUAUCCAGAUCGGGAACUACGAGCCGAGCCAGCGAUCGUAAAUUGCACACAAACAUAUUGUAGAGAUUAAAGAUUUCCGUGGCGCAGAGAUGAACGUGAAAACAAAUCGGCCAAGCAAAGGAAACAAACAAACGGUUAGAUGAUAAUAAAUGGCAUUUUUUGGCCAAACGGGUGGGCCCUAUAAUGGCAAACAGACGGUGCACAUGGGCGAAUGUGUUUAGGGUAUGUUUUGGUAGGAGAUGGACAAACACAAUUGAUAGUACAACCAUUUUUAGACGAGUUUGUGGGCGAUAAUAUAUAACGUAUCACGUGCUGUGGCGUGUCACAAUCGUAACACACCCGUCACAACCAUUUAUACCGAAGGAGAAAUAGGACGUGCAUUUUGUGUUCCCGCCACACGUUUCAUUGGUGAUUCGCACCCAUACUUUGGACCUCAUCGGCACAAUCUGGUAUCGGCAGAGAUUAUACGAAAUUCCUCACAUUUACUAACACCGCGCACCGCUACCUCCGGAUUACCAUCACUCUCGAUCUAUGUUGUUAUACGAUCCACAAGGACAUACGAUGUCCUAGGCUUAAGGUAGUUCUAUUCUUUGAAGCAAACAAAAAAAAAACUCGGUGGUAGGAAGAUUUUAUAGGCAUUAUUAGGACGUUUUAAGAGGUUAAGUUGUGGUUUUUACGCGUAUCUCUCCUUGUCUUUUUUAUUUUAAUUUUCUUUCUCUUUUCUCCCUAUACUGAU